AUCGCCCAUCCGUAAGAAGAAGAAGCAGAUCGACGCUCUAGUCUGCCCGAUUCUUUCGUUUCGUUUCUUUGGAGAAACGCGUGUAUCCAUAAGUAACAGGUGUGUAAGUAAAAUUAGGCUCGAACGAGCCUAAUUUCGUCGAUUCCGGCGGCCGCUGAACUACCGGACCGUCUACAUUGGAACACUGGUCCAACUGCGCUCUAAUUCGCCGAGAGUAACCGUCGGAGCUGAAGUAGAAGUAAGAAAUGAGAAUGAUUCGUUUCUUUACUCCUACUCUUACUUCUUACGCCAGGCUUACUUCAUUUAUCGUAGACGAUCCUUUAAUGAAGUUACUUUUUGCUAGUCCGCCGGCGAGAUAAAAACAUAAAAUUACUUUGGUUAAGAAAUUAUUCGACGUAAUUGGCAAAAAUGUUUCUUUAUUAAAAAGGCAACGUUACGACCGUAAAUUCCGGCCCUUCUCAAGUGUAGGGUGAUCGCAUAACGAUACUAAAUUCGAACAUUGUGCCGGCAAUAGAGAUCUGAUUGAUUCGGCCGAAGAAUUGGAUUUUCAGCUUCAUUUGUUAUAAAAUUACUUUGUUCUUUCACUUUUUGACACCCUUUAUUACAUAUUAUUAAUAUACUUCGUUCAGGAAGGUCCAGGUACCUUUUAGAUAUUUCACUCUUUUCUGUAACUUCAAUAGUUGUAAGGAUAUGAAAUUGCUAAUCUAUCUAGUUCAUGAUAGUCUAUCUUUAACUUCGUUGUGCGUCUAAUUGUAAGUAUUGAGGCAGGUUGUUGCAUUGUAAACAGUAUUCUUAGUACAUGUGCACGCACGUGCCAACUGUGUGCGAAAUUUUAUAGAUUUUUGUACGAAAAUAACGGUUGAAAAGCAACUGGACGUGACUGGAAGGUGAAAUUUAUGUUUUAGUAAUUACACACUUUGACAAUUUUAAUACCAGGCAAUAUAUUGUAAAUAUAUUGUAGUAUAUAUUAUAAGAUUUAUUAGAUAAUUAAAUAUUCUGUUCGCUGUGCGUAAAAUAUUUAAUAAGAGGCAUGUGAUUCUUUUGUUGUUUCCAGGAUAUAUUUGUUAACAAUGGGAGAUAUUAACGACGUUGCUGGAAACCUGCUCUCGACACCAGGAAACGAAGAGCCACCGGAACUGAAGAGACAGCAAGUACCAUACGAGGACUUGUCCAGCGAUUUCGAUGAUAAAUCGAUUGACUUUUCUAAGCAAUUUUGUAGCAUAUACGCAGCGAGACUGGCGGAGUUGAGGGAUACGUUGAUAUCGAGAGUUGCUGCAAAAUGGGGACAAGUUCAAGUAUUGAAGUUAGCGGAACUGGAAGAUUUCGAGGGGCAAGAAUGCGUGAUAAUUGGUACAAUCUAUAAACACCAGAAAUGGAAACCAUCUAUACUACACGAAUUAAGCGAGGAUCAUCAGCUUACGUUGUCCGAACCGAGGUCGGAUUACUGCUCAGAAAGUGAUCAGUUGUUCUUGGAAGACGAGAUGCUGCGCAUCAAAUUGGUAGUUGAGGAUGCGUCUUUAAAGAACUGUGUUACUGGUGUUGUGUGUGCCGCUUUAGGCUGCAAAGACAAGAAUGGCAGUUUUGAGAUCAAGAAAUUGUGUUUCCCUGGUUGCGUGCCUCGACAUUCAGCGCGGCCAAAGUCCGACGGGAAGGUGGUGUUCCUGUCUGGACUCGACUUGGCGAAUACCUCAAAUACCUUGGCGUUAAACCUUUUAACCGAAUGGAUAUGCGGGAUGGCGGGAGAUGUGACAACGCAGGAAGAAGCCACCAGCAUUGUUCGAGUUAUUAUUGCUGGUAACUCUGUUAAAACUGUUACUAAGACAAAUACUCAAAUCGGACACGCCGAAGGGAAGGCGCAGGACGCCGCAAUAACGAAGGAAGUCGCCGACGCAACGACACUCCUGGACGCAUUUCUCUCCGAAAUAGCAGAAUGUUGUUGCAUCACUUUAAUGCCGGGUGAACACGAUCCCACCAAUGCAAUGUUGCCCCAGAAACCGCUGCAUCCGUGCAUACUAUCGCUAACGUCUAGAUUUCAAAGUUUUAAGGGUGCGACUAAUCCGUGGGUCGGCAAAGUUUCCAAACGUAUAAUAAUGGGCAGCAGCGGACAGCCUAUUGAAGAUAUUAUAAAGGCAACCGGUGAGACGGACAUCUCACCUUUAGACUGGCUGGAGAGAACGCUGCUUUGGAAGCACAUGUGCCCGACUGCUCCAGAUACAUUACCGGUACACCCUUACGCUGUAAAAGAUCCCUUUGUCAUAAAGCACUGUCCGGAUAUAUAUUUUGUGGGUAACACGGAUGAAGCCGAUACGAAGAUAUGGGAAGGUGAAGAAAAUCAGGUGGUCAGGCUAAUUUGUAUUCCGAAGUUUUCCUCUGCGUAUACUGCAGUUUUGGUGGAUCUAGAAACCUUAGAUACCGAAUUUAUUUGUUUUGGAACUGGAUAAGGGACGACUGAACAACUUCGAUUUAUCUAGAAUUCUAGAUACAAUUAAAUAUAACUAGCGAAUCUAACAAUACGCGAUAUUCUUUGUUAGAUUGCACUGCUGCAGUUUCUCUACUUUUAUACUUUAAUAUUGUAUUACUUUUGAAAUAUAUGAAAAAUUUGUAAAAAUAAAAAUAAAAUGUAAUAUUUCGAUAAUAAGUAUACAUCAGUUACGUUAAAAUAUAUAUUAGCUAUAAUUUUUUAUCGGUUAUUACACAAAAAAAAUGUUCAUUACAUCAGAACUUGAAUAACCCCAGGACACUUGAACUAAAACCUGAAAAAAAGCAGAAUUAUCGUAGGAAAA